AACAUGCGCGUUUCGUUACGCGGAAAUGGAAACCUGACAAUGACAUUGGCCCAGUUGACCAGCGGCAACGUUGCAGCAUAUAAAGUGCAGCACGCAACCAAGUUUGCAUCAGUCCUGUUUGCGUUGUGGUUGUGUGUGGUCUUCAAUAUUUGCGUUUUAGAAAUGUCGACCAGAGGCUUUAAGGUGACAGACGCUGAACGAAGAACCCGUGUCGGAAUAGCGGUACGUAACUUUGACGAUCUGAAGAAGAAAACGAUCGACAAGUUCAAAUUGAAAUUCUCCUCGACGCAAAUCACGUUUCAAACAACCGACGGCACAUUUGUCGAGAACGACGACUAUUUUCAAACAUUGCCCCCGCAAACCCUCCUCAUCUGGGUCAAAGAGGGUGAAAGAGCUGAUACGGACGCGGAGAUACUUUACAGGACGAUAAGGGAGGUGAAUGAUGAGUACUUGAGCGCCGGCGAGAAAGUACAGGAGUUUUUCACGGAGAAAAUGAAAAAUAAGGUGUUCAAGCUGGCGGAAGUUUUGCGCGGGAUCGAUGGGGACAAGACGAAGCUGAGCGCGAAGGCCGAACAUCCGGAAUGGUUCGAAGGCCUCGACACCACCGCGAAAACAAAAGAGGAAUACAUGUACAGGCGAGCACAGGACCGUAUACGGACCUAUUACUACAAAACAAAGGACGACCUGACCAAGUUGGGCGACAUGCCGCGUUCUACCUUACAAAAUUUACUAAACGAAUUGCAAACUAGACUUAAGCUGUGUAAAUACCAGGGCCAUUUGUUCGACAGGGGCCAUGCCGGUGGAGACACGCACCUGAGCAGUCUAUGCGACGCGACGGGCUCGUUCUUGUGCCAGGGUCGCUGGGACAAGUCCACUUGUCUCUACCAUCCGAUCCACGCGAUCAAUCCCUACACCAGUAGGGAGGAGCGGAUAAUAUUCCAGACGUGGAACCUGGACCACACGAAGGAACGGUCCAGGUCGGUGGUGCCGGCCAUCCGCACCGCCUUACUCUCCAAUUCCAAACACAUUCGCGAUCGAGACGAUAACGCUAACUGUUCCCUGGAUUACAAAGCUAUUUUUAAUGAUCUCUUCACGGUGCACAACAUGAAAUUCGUGCAUAUUGUGUGCCACGACAAGGGGGCGCAUACUACUCAAAUCGCCGGGCCCUACGUCAUCGAGUAAACACGUCUUCUAUUAUUGUCGAGUUAAACCACAAAUUAUGAUACAGAGACAUUAAUAGAAGAACUAGGAAAUCUUACGCAACAUUUAAGGCUGACUGUCAGUAUAAUGCAGGGUGUUACGUUCCUUUCUCUCACCCUGCUUAUACGUCCUCGUCCCCAAAGCUCAGACGUGCCAAACGUUUUAGUAUUAUGCCCCUAUGACCUCUCUUAUAAAUGACAAACAAUUAAGGUGUAUUUUCGGUCUGUUUUCACCUGUGAUCAAACUUACAAGUUACUCGUUCUGUGAUAUAUUAACUUUUUUGUAUUGUGUUACUUACAUGCUUAAAAAUGGAUUAUUAAUUACGUCCGCCAGCAUUUGCUAGUUGCGUUUAAAAUUAGUAAAUGGUAUCCUUGUCAGAUAUAGCAGAGGCAAAGUACUAUAAAUGUCAAGAGUUUCAAAAUAUGGCGAUGGAACUGUUUGAAUCGUGCUUCUUAGACAAUACUUGUUAAAUAUAUAUAUUUAUUUGCUAUUUUCAAAUAUUCUAUAUUUCGGAACUCUAUGUAGUAUUAAGGCUGUAAAUAAAAUUAAGAACAGAAAUGUUCUUUAUACACCCUAGCGGCAGAAAAUUACUAGUUUAGACUAAUGUUGUAGUUUGAUUAUAGGAUAGCUCUAAGUUAACUCUUAUACAGGGUGUUCGAAUUUGUAGUGUGAGUUUUUGAGAUAUAUCAAUCAAAAUCUCUGCUAUUCCAACCCUGUGAGUUUUGGGGUAAAUUUGUUGUAGAGUUUAGAAAAAUAUAUCUAUAAAAAUUUUACUGCCAUUUUGAAAAUUCAUAUCCUCGUUUUCAAAAAUGGUCACUUUACAAAAAAAAUAUGAGCUUAAGGAUGUAUUCAUUUUAAUAUAAUAUAGUAGAUAUAUGGAGACAUAUAAGCAAUAUUUAGUUAUUUUUUAUAUUAAAAUUUAUUGUUGUUUUAAUUUGAUCAGUAUAAAUAAAAUGCUUGUCAAAUAUAAAUGUGAUUAAAAUAGAAAAAAGUACAUGUAAUAACGUAGUGCUUUCAAUAACCGCUAGGAGCUUGUGAAGUAUUAACGAAUUUGUGUUGUAGUUGAAUUAUAAAAAUGUUUACAAUCGUUAAUACUUUUUUGGGCAAGUUGUAAUUGCUUAGGCAGCUUAAAAAAACGUAGAUGUUAUAUUUCUAUACAGAAAAAUUAGCGCCAAAUAUAUAUAUUUGAUGAAAUACAGCAAAAGUCAUAUCACUUGUAGAGUAGUAACUAUUUUAUUAUUAACUGUGUAUAAAAUACAUACGACUGAUGUAAUUUUUUGAAAUACUUACCCUGUUUAAAACAAAUAAAAUGUGUCAUGAGCA